AAGAAAAAGAAAAGCAGUACUUCAGAGUGAAAGAGCAGUAACAAGUAUUUGACCGUGGAAACAUUAUACAAAUUAAAUGUGUGCAGACAGCAUAUUACAAUGUGAAACAGGCUCAUUACACUAUCAUCAUUAUCACCAUCAUCAUCACAUACAUUGAUCAGAUUUGAAUAUGAUCUCCUGGAAGGACAUUGCUGUUUAUGCUGUUUGCUAGAGGAUGUUCUCGUUUGUUUUUUCAAUUGGAAAUGAUGUGGAAAAUUUAGGUUGCUUUGUAUUGUUUAUAUUUUGAAUAGAUGUACAUUGAUUUCUGGGGCAUUUUUCAAGAGUAUUUGCGUACCUGUGUUUUCAAUGUUUUUAGAAUUCUACAUUAUCUUUUUUGUUUUAACUUAUGUUACAUUAAAUGCGGUUAGAUUUGAUUUACCUAACAGAUGUAAAUAAUGUAAUAUAAAUAUGAUAGAGCCAUUUUGCCGUUGUGUGUUUGUGGUGUUCAGUUGUGACUAGGUCUUAAAAUUAUAAGAUUGGAAGAGACUAAUACAUUAUAGACUCAAUAGGAUUUUGACAAAAGUUAUACAAAUGGUAACAACAACUCAUUUAGAUAGGGUCACAUAUAAUAUUUAACUUUUACCUAAAACUGUGACCCCCACAGUAUUUACAGAUCGGGUCACGUAUUUAAUUGGCAGUGAUGGAGGUAACUUGUGGCCAGUGGUGGAAGAAUCAGAUCAUUUACUAAAAGUAUGAAUACCAAAAUGUAAAAAUAACCUACUUAAUUCCAAGUAAAAGUCUUACAUUGUGCAUAGAAGUAUUAUAAUAUUAGUAGUUAAAUUUACCAAUAGUAUUCUAAAAAAGUACUUGUUUUGCAAAAAAUCCAGCAGUGACUGAUAAAUUAAAUACAAACAAAAUGACUUGUUAAUUCUGAGUUAAUGCAUAAGCAUUAGCAAAGAAUGGUAAGAAAAGUUCUUCUAUAUACAUGUGGAUUACAUUUUGAGUAUCUCUUUAAUCUUUGCAUUUUUUGUGAAAUAUUGGAUAGUUUAACUUCUUUGGACCCCAAACAGUCAUUUGAACCAUGUGAAGGGAAAUAUUGGUGGAACAGCAAACGACUAAACAUGAGACACAAAUAAAAACAGAUUUUUGUAAGGGGCCACAAGCUCCCCUUAUUUAAUCUUUAAUAAUGCAUCUUAAUUUAGAGGUUUAUGAUUAUGUUAUUUUAGAAUUUUAAUAUGACAAAGUAACCAGCAUCUAAAGCUGUCAAAUAAAUGUAGUGAAGUACAAAAUACAAUAUUUUUCCUCUGAAAUGUAGAGGAGUAGAGGUAUCCUAAAAGUAAAUAAGAAGUAUCCUGCGUUAAAAUUAACAGUACUUGAAAUAAACAGUACUUCAGUAAAUGUACUCAGUUACUAACAAACUACAGUCUAUGCUCACAACACACUUUACUGUGGUAUGUCAAACUCCGAACACAUUUAUUCUUACUUUACACCAACUUUAACAGCUCACAUUAGUUAAAAAGUAGACCAGCUUUGCUUACACAGAACAGGUGUAUGUCAUAAGUCUUGUUGCCAAUGGCUGUCUUUGUACAUACAUUCAUAGCCACACAAUAAGUUAGUCCUUUGCUGCCAAUGCCAAUGAUAUUUUCUCCCAGAAUAAAGGAUUUGUACCAGCAUCAAUUCUGCUGUCAGUUUAGUCUGUCUAAACUGGUGCUAAUUUGUAUUUGGAAUUAUGUUUUUUAAAUGUGAGCUGUUGGAUAACUGAAUUUCCCUUUGGGGAUAAAUAAAGUAUAUCCUAUCCUAUCCUAUAUAUCCAUACAUUUCCUGCUAUAGCCUAAAUGUUACAUUAAAUAAAAUGUUUACAUGAAGCAUUAAAGUUGUUACUGCAAAUGGAUGUUCAUUAAUUAUUCCAUACAGAUCUUAGUUUCCUUUUUAAAGUUAAGAUUACAGUGACUUGCUCUCCCAUUUAAAAUAUAUCAUGGGAUCUAUCUGAUUUAAUAUGACUACACAAAUAUUUGUCUUAAACAAUUGCUUCUUAUACUAUUUUCAUUCUAGCAAUAUCAACCUCAGAUCAUGAGGGGGACCUUGAGGAAGAUGAGCAGGACAUGACGGCAACUUCAUGCAGCAGCAGCAGCAGCAGCAGCAGCAGCAUGGCAGCACCUUUACAAUAUGAGGCCACACCACAUCUUUCUGUCAACACCUCUUCACCGCCCUGUGACACCACAUCACCAGAAGAUACUCAAAUAAUAUCAAAUCAAAUAAUAUCAGAUGAUCCUGCGCUGUGGCCAAAAGCCAUCGACGACAAUGCUCGUUGUCAAAUUGUGAGAAAAGGACCACUCCAAAUAACAGACAUGGACUUCCCCCAAAAUACAGAAAACCCACCUUGGAGAUUCACCAAAGAUAAUUACAAAAUGACAAUGAGAAAUGGUGAGAAGAUCCAACGUUCAUGGUUAAUGUACUCUGUCAGCACAGACACAGUAUUUUGUUUCUCUUGCACUCUUUUUGGAAAGUGUGACAGCGCUUUAAGCAGUAGUGGCUACUGUGCAUGGAACAACCUAGAUCAUCACCUCAAAGAACAUGAAUAUUCAAACAUGCAUUGUGAGAAUAUGAGAAGCUGGCAUGAUCUGCAGAAGAGAUUGCAGACUAGGACAACCAUAGACCAAACCCAUCAGAAUUUGUUGCAGAUUGAGAUUGAGCAUUGGAAAGGUGUCAUCAGAAGAGUGAUUUCUAUCAUCUGCCAUCUGGCUGAGAGCAAUCAAGCUUUGAGAGGGCCUUCAAAUGUGCUCUAUGACCAUCACAAUGGGAAUUUCCUCUCCUUAGUGGAACUGAUGGCACAGUACGAUCCAGUGCUGAGUGAGCACAUUAGAAGAAUUCAAAACAAAGAAACAAAGGUUCACUAUUUGAGUGGGAUCAUUCAAAAUGAAAUAAUAACCCUUGUUGGAGACAAAACUCUUGAAGAGAUAGUGAGACGAGUGACCAAAGCAAAGUACUUCUCUGUCAUCAUGGACUGCACACCUGACAUCAGUCACAAAGAACAACUUUCCAUUGUUCUGAGGAUUGUGAAUUGUGAACCAUCAGUUGGUGUCUCUAUUGCUGAGCAUUUCAUUGGAUUUAUUGACAUUGAGGACACAACUGGUAGGGGUCUGACUGAAACUCUGCUGGAACAUCUGCAGAAUCAUAACCUAAACAUUUCUGACUGUCGUGGCCAGUCAUAUGACAAUGGAAGCAACAUGAUGGGACAAAAACAAGGUGUUCAGUCAAGAAUAUUGCAGAAUUGCAAGGCAUUGUGUGUCCCCUGCAGCAGUCACACUCUCAAUCUGGUUGUGGCAGAUGCUGCAAAGUCAUCAGUCCUGGCCAUCUCGUUUUUUGGUGUGCUGCAAAGACUCUACAAUCUCUUCAGUUCAUCUGUACAACGCUGGGCAAUUCUGAAGGAGCAUGUAAAGCAGUUGUCUCUUAAACCUUUGUCAACAACAAGAUGGGAGGCUUGUAUUGAAAGUGUGAAGGCUGUGAGAUACCAACUGCCACAGAUUCUCAAAGCACUGUCGGCUCUCCAGACAUUUGCAGUGGAGAAGAGGGAUUCGGAAACAAUGUCCACUGCUAAUGCUUUGCAUGAUGAGCUGAAGUCCUGGCAUUUUCUGUUGUGCACCAUGAUCUGGUACAAUGUCUUGUACCAGGUUAACCUUGUGAGCAAGCUGCUGCAAAGUCCAGAUGUUUCUCUGGAAACUAUUAAAACAGAAACACAGGGAGUGAGGCAGUGCCUGGAAAACUUAAGGGACAGUGGGCUUGCUUCAUGUCAAUCUGAUGCUGUAGAAAUUGCAGAAGAACUGGAAAUUGAAAUGGAGCUUCCAGAGAAAAGGCAGAGAAAAGCAGCAAAACACUAUCAGCAUGAGGGAGCAGCAGAAACCCAGUCCAGUCCAGAAGAGUCCUUCAAAAGGGAGUUCUUUCUCCCUUUAGUAGACACAGCCCUUAGAAGCCUGAAUGACAGAUUCUCAAAAAUGGAAGAUGUCUAUGUUCUCUACAGUUUCCUGUUUUCAAAGAAAAGCAUGCAACAGGUGCUAAAGAGUGGCAAGAUUCGUGCAAGUUGCAAGAACUUGGAGCAAACAAUGCAUGACAUUGAGGCAGAUGAUUUAGAAUUGGAGAUCAAUUCUGCUGUCUACACUUUUCCAGACCACGCUUCCACCUGCCCACAUGACAUGUUAAACUACAUUUACAGUGAAAACCUUCUGGAUCUGUACAGUAAUCUAAGCAUUGCAUUGCGUCUCCUCUUGACUCUUCCAGUCUCUGUUGCCUCUGGUGAGAGGAGCUUUUCUGCUUUGAAGUUGAUCAAAACCUAUUUGAGGUCAACCAUGUGCCAGGAGAGGCUCACAGGACUGGCACUGAUUUCAAUAGAAAGAGAUGUUCGGAGGUCCUUAGAUAUGGAAGACAUAGUGGCUGCAUUUGCAGAAGCCAAGCAGCAGUUUUAAGAAAAAAUAAGGCACUACUAUUGGAGUGUGGAUAUAGGACCAAGGUGUCACAGCAAGUCUUAAGUUCUUCCUUUCCACUUCAAUUCCUUGUUUGUUUGUUUGUUUGUUUGUUUGUUUGCUUGGUUGCG